AUGUUAUUGCAGAAUAUUUCAGUGUUACUUGUUAAUAAUAUUUCGAAAGUCAAGGAACUUUGCUGCUGGAAACCACCUGCUGUUGGUUCCUUGAAAUUGAAUGUCGAUGGAGCCAUGUUUUUUGACAGGCACAAAGCAGGAAUUGGGGCAGUUUUGAGAGAUGAUAAGGGUGAUGUAGUUUUGGCAGCUAGCAAAAUUGAAUAUGAAGUAAAUGAACUAGAAGACAUUGAACUCUUGGCAAUGUUUGGAGGCAUUCAAAUUUGUGCAAACAUGGGAAUUCGGAGAUUGAUCUUGGAGAGUGCUAGACUGUUAAUGGUAAAUGAAGUUAAUGCAAGUGAGGCUUCUUUCUCUUUAUUAGGAAAUCUGGUUAGGGAAGUAAAGAUGCUCAAGGCUUUAUUUGAGGUAUGCUUGGUUCAGCAUGUGGAUAGGGCAGGGAACGAGGUGGCACACAAGCUAGUUAGGAAUGCUUGGAAUGUUGAAAAUUUAGAUAUGUGGUGGGAAAAUUUACCUGAGUUUGUAAUUCAAGCUGUAUGGCUUGACAAAAACUUGUAA